CCCAACUGCAACAUAUUCUCAAGUACGUGAGAAGAUGUCGUUCGUGGACGCGUUCUUGAUGGAUGAUGCUUCGUCGCUGGAUCACUCGUUCUUCAUGAUGGAAGAUCCGAAGGAGGUUGUGGGGCUAGGUACGAUUCCGGACGAGGUGCGCUCCUCGACCCCGACGAAGAUGGAUGGAACGAUGCUUCGAACGCCGACUGUAGUGGCGACCAAACGGGGUUCCUCGGCUGCGUCGUCGUCGGGUGAAAGCGACGGGAAUGGCGUGGAGGAACUCGAUCGGGAUACGGCGCGCAAACGUGCCAAGCGCGAAGCGUACAAGAAACACAUUCGGAAACGACAGGGCGAGCACUUGGACCUGAAAGCACAGGUGCAGCAACUCGAGGACCAGCUGGACUUUCUCACGAAAAUGAAAGCCAUCGACGCCACAUUUGCUUCGUCGUGGGAGAACAUCGCACGAGAUCUGGCGUCCCAUCGACAAGAGUCAUCCAUCGAGAACGAAAAGCUGCGCAAGAAGGUGUCGGAACAAAGCGAGUUCAUCGACACAUUGCAGACGCUGCUCGCAAAGAAACCUCGCCUUGCAGUGUUUGAGAACGACGAGUGGAAGGCCCUGCGGCUCGUCGCGGACAAGACAUGCCGCCUCCACGGCAUCAACGCCCUGCUCACGCGGCAGCGCCAACUACUCACAGGAGUGUUUCUCCAAUGCGGACUGCUCGACACAACCGAAGUAGACAUCCACAAGGUCAACGUAUGCUCAGACAUCACCAAGAUGCUCAUCAGCGAGUCCGUGCGCUGCGUGACCAUGGACGUGCCGUACCCGAUCCUCGCCGAGGCGGCAUGGAAUGUGUCGCUGGGCAACGAAACGUCGGCCAAGUGGGGCGACGACUACGAGAUCAUCGACAUGAUCGACCCCAACACAGCGUACUUGAAGUACACGCCGCGGAAUGGCGUCGCAAAUGCGUCGGGCCCGCUCUCGGCGCGGUACUUGUACCGGCGGUACUUUGAAGAGAACCGCGUGUGCAUUGUGUGGAAGUCGAUUUUGGAAGACGAGUGCUACCCCCUCGACGAUAGCGUCUUGCGCGUGCAUCAAAGUGGAUGGAUUGUGAUCGAAGGCGACGCCAAGUGCCCGGCCACGACGUCGCGGUUCAAACUGUUUGUGCAGCGGCACUCGCCGUCCCGCGCCGGCAAGCUCAUCCACCUCACGGAUGUGUUCCAGUUCAUCAUGCCCAACAUCAGCCUCGAGAAGCGCACGACCGAAUACGUGACUGACUUUAUCGUGAAUUCGUUUCGAAAUGUCGAAGUCGCGUUUGAAAAAGCCAUCGACAUUGCCGUGCGCAAACUCACGUACCAAAACGACUUUAUGCUCGCCAACCCCGAUCUGUAGUACGUACUACUACUACUACUAGUAGUCGUCGUAGUCGUUGUAGUAGUACUAGGUGUAGAAAUAGAAGACGCGAAGGAAUGAAUAUACAACGUAAGUCGUUCGUGUUGGG